GAGAAGACAAACUGAUCAUUUCCGGGUCAGAAACAAAGACAGAAACAUUGAGAGGCCGCGAGGAUGUCAGAGAGUAACCUGAAGAAACAGCUCUCCAAGUACAAGUACAAAGAGCUGACAAUGCGGGAAAUCCUCGCUGUCACUUCCAUUUACAAGGACCUGAAGCCUGUGAUGGACACAUAUGUGUUCACUGACGGAACACAGCGGGAGCUGAUGAGCCUGACAGGGACCAUCCCGGUCAACUACCGAGGCAACACGUACAAUAUCCCUGUGUGUCUCUGGCUGUUGGACUCCUACCCCUACAACUCUCCCAUCUGCUUUGUCAAACCCACCAGCACCAUGAUGAUCAAAACAGGCAAACACGUUGACGGCAGCGGAAAACUCUAUCUCCCGUACCUGCACGAGUGGAAUCAUCCGCACUCAGACCUGUACGGGCUGAUCGAGGUGAUGACUGUGAUGUUUGGUGAGGAGCCGCCAGUGUUCUCCAGGCCGGUUGCCCCCCCGAGCUACCCCCAGUACCAGCCCUCGGGACCCCCCACGACUUCCUAUAUGCCCGGAAUGCCUGCUGGAGGCACACCAUACCCACCAGCCCACACCAACCCAGGAGGCUUUCCCGUGUUCUCCUACGCCUCACCUGCCCCCUACCCCACUGCAGCGGGCUCCGCACAGCACACCCCCUACCCCAGCCAGCCCGCUAUCCCCAACACUGGGCCUAGUAGAGACGGCACUAUCGGUGAGGACACGAUCCGGGCCUCACUGAUCUCGGCGGUCAGUGACAAGCUGCGCUGGCGGAUGAAGGAGGAGAUGGGUCGCGCUCAGGCCGAACUGGACGCCCUGAAACGCACCGAAGAGGAUCUGAAGAAAGGUCACCAGAAGCUGGAGGAGAUGGUCCAUCAAUUGGACAAGGAAAUUGCUGACGUAGACCAUAACAUGGAGAUGCUGCGGAAGAAGGACGAGGAGCUGAGCCAGGCCCUGGAGAAGAUGGAGAACCAGGCUGAGAGUAACGACAUUGAUGAGGUGGUGGUGCCCACCGCCCCCCUCUACAGGCAGAUCCUCAACCUUUACGCUGAGGAGAACGCCAUCGAGGACACCAUCUUCUACCUGGGAGAAGCCCUGAGGGGUGGAGUCAUCGACCUGGACGUCUUCUUAAAGCACGUGCGUCUCUUGUCCAGGAAGCAGUUCCAGCUCCGAGCGCUGAUGCAGAAAGCCAGGAAGACGGCGGGGCUCAGCGACCUUUACUGAUCUCCCUGCUGCUUCACUGAGCUCUGGCUUUCCUUCACUGCUGUCUGUCUGACCAGGGAUAGGCGUCUUCUGGCAGGAAUAUAGGCUAAGUUAUUACAUAUCCACAACUGUAAAUGUUUCAACUUUUAAAUCACACUAUUUUUCUGCUGUUUGUUUGAGUCCUUUGUAUCUCCCCAACAGGUGGGAAAUAGAUUAAACUCUUUGAAUAUUCUAA